UCAGUCUCAGUCAGUUACAAAUAUUCAAGCAAUAGCGAAACCGCACUUCUUCUUCUUUCUCUCUUUUUCUUUUCACAGCGAAACGACAAUGACAAUCUCUCAAAACGACGACGACGAUUCUUUCACAAACGAUGAUCGACGCAUGAGUCUCAUCGACUUUUCUUCCGCCGACGAUUCUCUCAUCGCCAAUCCCUUCCACCAUCAUUCAUCAGAGUUGUUUUCCACUUCAAAUUCGAGAGACGAAUUCGAUGAUGCUGCUACCAAAUUCAAAGAGUGGGAACGGGAAUCUCAACCAAAUGAGAUUGAUGAAAACAACAAGUUUAAUUUGCGCCAGAGUAUUGCUUGGGAUACUGCUUUUUUCACAAGUCCUGGUGUUUUGGAUCCUGACGAGUUAAGUUGUAUGAUUGAGGGUGUUGAGAAGGGAGAUAAGCACACAUCUUCGUUACCGGCGAUUCAAGAGGAAGUUUCCGGGUCAUGUGAGUCUAUCUCUACCUUGAAAAGCGACAAUAGCUUGACUCAGGAGAGUCUAGAGGAUGUUGAUUUGUUUCAAGAUGUAAGAGCUUCGAUUCAGAACUUCGGCAGGAUGUCCGAUUUGGCAAGGGCAAACAGAAAUGUUCUAUCUAGGUUCCAAAUUGGUGACUCUUCGAAAGAGGUUGGCAUGACUUCUUGUAAGAAGGCCCCAAGUUCUAGGAAUCCAAUUGCAGGGAUGCAUGGCACAGGGAAGUUGACAAAGAAGAUUCCUAUUUCUCCACACCUUUCACGGCAGUUCAAGGAAGGUGUUGAGAAGGGUGAUAAGCAUUUACCACCGAUACAAGACGAUGUGCAUGGGUCAUGUGAGUCUAUCUCUACCUUUAAAAGCAACAAUAGCUUGACCCAAGAGAGUCUAGAGGAUGAUUUGUUUCAGGAUGUAAGAGCUUCGAUUCAGAACUUUGGCAGGAUGUCCGAUUUGGCAAGGGCAAACAGAAAUGUUCCAUCUAGGUUCCAAACUGGUGGCUCUUCGAAAGAGGUUGGCAUGGCUUCUUGUAAGAAGGCCCCAAGUUCCAAGAGUCCAAGUGCAAGCAUGCAAGGCACGGGGAAGUUGACAAAGAAGAAUCCUAUUUCUCCACACCUUUCACAGAAACCUGUUGCUAGAAGGGAAGAGCCAUGUAUUUCAAAGCAACGAAAGACACUAGGAAAGUCUAGUCCAAGUUCAACAAUAUCUUCCAAUAGAAGUUCCCUUGGUGAUUUUCAUGUCAAAAGUGAAAAGGACAAGGCAAAUAAAAACAAUUGUGGUAAGGUCAAUUCUGUGAUGAACACAACUGUCAUUAAAGGUUCUCAAGUUAAUGGACUUCAACCCAUCACAUCAUCCAAAUCCCCAUUAGGUCUAUCAGUUGCUACAAAAACAAAAUCAACAAUUUCCCCAUCUUCCAGCAGCAACCUAUCCAGUAAUAUUAGCAAAUCACCAUUGAAUUCCUUAAAAAGAAAAGUUGAUGCUGGAACAAAAAAGUCACCCUCUUCUUGCUCAGUUGUCAGAACACCACCAAGAAUUGCUUCAAGAGAUAAAAUUGGGUCUAGCAAUUCUAGUCUUUCAGGCUUGGUUUCUGCCACCAAGUUCUCUUCUAGUGUUUCGCCCGCAAACUCUAUUAGUGAUUGGUCUUCAGAGUCAUCAUCAUCAACUUCUAUGACUAAAUUUAGGUCUAAAAGUUCAAGGACUACCUUUCACAGUAGCUCUAGUAGAAUGCACAUACCAAAGAAAGGUGCUACACAUGUUUCAAAUUCUCAAAAAUCUCAAAGUGGUUCAUGCUUAGAAGGGAAGGAGAGUAGGAAUGCGGGAUCCAUUGGUCAGUGUGUAAUGGCUACUGCUAAAGGAAUGGUUCUUACCCCCUCUCCCAAGAAACCAUUAGGCCUCCGACAGCCAUCACCCAAGAUUGGCUUCUUUGACAGGGGGAAAUCAUCAAUCCGCAGUCCAUGUGAGAGGAUGCAACCACACACUGUUGCGCCACAAGGAAGGGUCAGUCCUUCUGAAGCACAAAACAAAGCAAGGCUUGGAAAGCUACAAUCACCAAGAUCAAUUAUACCAACUGAAAGCAAAGAGUUGAUUAACCGGCAAGAUUUGCAUCCAGUUCCUCUUAAUAAAUCAUCAGAUGUUAAGACUUCUAUGGCUUUGCCGUGUGUCAAAAGCUCUGCUGUUGCGCCCAUGGAAGUUCAAAACCUAAUGCAUCUUAAAGCUGGUGUGGGUAACUUGGAUGCUAAUAGCACCAUGGUCGAAGGGCAUAUUAGAGGUGUACAAGAUCUAAAUCUUGGCUUUACGCAGGGAAAUUCUCAGUACGAUGAUCAAGUUGAUUGUUUGAGCAGACAAGUUGAACUUAUGGAUAUAAAUUUGAAGACACAAACAUAGCACAAUGGUGGGAGGAAAUCUUGAAGGGUCAUUACUUCAUUUACUCGACUUAUUUCCCCAGCCAAUUCUGAUAUGCAAAUUGCACAAGGAGGUCCUUUUUUGUGUGAAUCAAGGUCAUUUGAUGUCAAUAACAAUAGGCAAGUAUAGAUGGCUUGGCUAUCACUUCUAUAGAAUCAGUAAACAUUUUGAAGAACCUAGGAUUAACAAACUCAAUCGUCCCACAUAGACCAGUAGCAUGCAUUUUAUUUUUUGUAAAGUAGCACAUUUGAAAUAAUCAUUUUUUUUUCUUAAAAAAAUAGCCUUAUAAGUUGGAAUAAAGUGAAUGAUAUAUUUAUUUUUUUACGGGUGAAUGAUAUGUUUUUUGACAAAGAAUCAACUGGGUGAUGAAUAUUAAUUAGCUGAAUUAAAUGUA